UCUUUCCUCGGUUCAUCCAACCUCGGCGGAGCAACCAAAGCUCGCACCGGUGCAGAGAGAGGGAGAAGAGCUCCGGCGAGAAGCGAGAGAUCGAGAUGAAGGCGACGGUGAAGGGACGGUACGAGGGCCAGAAGAGCUCCUCUGCCGCUACCGUAUCCUUCACCACCGGCGAUCUCCGCCUCAAGGCCUCCAUCACCGAUGCCACCCUCCUCAACGCCCCCUCACUCCAUGGCCUUGCUCUCUCCAUCGAAAAGCCCUCCGCUUUCCUCGUCGAUUUCAACAUCCCCAAGAAGGAUGUGAGAUUCCAGUUCAUGAACACGGUGAGGGUGAUGGAGAAGCCGGUUAGCCUCACCUAUACUCACGCUCGCGGGGACAACCGGACGGCGCUCGAUGGCUCGAUGACCUUCGAUCCGGCCAACAAGGUAUCGGUGAACUAUGUCUUUGGGUCGGGGAAUUGCAGGGUGAAGUACGCAUACGCACAUGGGGAGCUCCGCCGAACGGUGUUCGAGCAGUGCUAUGAUUUCUCGAAGAAUGCUUGGGACUUCGCAGUGUCGAGGAAGUUCGAAGGUGGGGAUUCAGCGAAAGCAACGUACCAGACGUCGGCCAAGUUGCUUGGCGUUGAGUGGAAUCGUGACUCUCAGAUCAAUGGAUCAUUCAAGAUAUCUGCAUCUAUGAAUUUGGCGGAAAAAAAUAUGGUUCCAAAGUUAGUAGCUGAAAGCACAUGGAAUUUUGAGAUGUAACUCACAAAGUGCUGAAAUUUUGGCCUGCAGAGGGCAUUGAAUUGUUCACAGCAAAGGCCAUCUUCUUCCUUCUAGAUCAAAUCAUGACAGUCAGAAAAUCAAUUGGUGCAAUGUAGUCAUUCAACAGCUUGAUUAGGCUCUGUUUUACUGUAUACCUUGAAAUGAAUGAGUUUUAGUUUUGGAAAAGAAAUAUCUCCAAAAUUGCCAUUA